UGAGUUCGCGAGUUCGAUCCUCGCUCCUUCCUUCCUGCAGCCAACCCCGUGCUGUCCCCGCGGCGUCGUCCCCUCGAUGGCGGCACCCAGGGGCGGGACGGGACGUGCGGGCGGUGUGGCAACACUCUGCGUCCUUCCUUCCUCCCUCCUUCCCCAGGCUCCAGGGCGGGUGGCCUCCAUUGGGGCAUCUCAUGGGUGGUGAGCCGGGGGCAGCGGGAAGGGAAGUGGAACCCACGGGACGGGAGUCACGGGAGGGAGCGAGUAUAAAGGGCCCCCAGCCCCACAACCUGCCCCACAGCCCGCCCCAUGGCGCUCACCCUCGCCCUCCUCCUCCUCCACGCAGAGGCUGCAGGCUCGGUGCCGUGCCAUGGGCCCACACUGCAGACCAAGGUCUUCAAGUACCGGAUCUGGGACAUGAACCAGCAGUCUCUGUACCUGCGCGAUGACCAGCUGGUGGCCGGGCACCUGCAGGGCGCCAACGCCGCGCUGGAGGAGAAGGUUUUCUGGGUGCCCAACCGCUCCUUCGAGCAGGCCCGGCUCCCCGUCAUCAUGGGCAUCCGGAACGGAACCCGCUGCCUGGCCAGCCCCACUGCCCCACAGCCCACCCUGCUCCUCCAGCAGGACGCCGACAUCACGGAGCUGCCCCGUGCCGGCGAUGCCUCGGCGCCGUUCACCUUCUUCCGCACCUACAAGGACGGGCUGUGGCGCUUCGAGUCGGCCGCCAACCCCGGCUGGUUCCUCUGCACCUCGGCGCGCGCCCACCAGCCCCUGGGCCUCUCCCGCCGCCCCGACGCCGCCCACGUCCUCGACUUCUACUUCCAGCUGUGCUGAGCCCGGCCCCGUGCAAUAAAGCCGCAUUGCUCCCCC